UCGAUCGAUGCCAUGGCAUGCUGUAAUCUACCCACGGCCUCGUCUUACAUCCAGACUCCCUCUGCCCGCGCUGGACAUGCACGUUCGAUUGACUCGCCCACCCCCUUUCUGCGACCGCUGCCAUGAGUCCGCGACAUGAUGCGCCCGCCGACGCCGCCGCGACCACGGAGCCCAAAUUGGACGCCGGCAACAAGGGCCACGACCACUACGCCCAGCGACUGCCCCGGUGGCGCAAUGCCCUGCGGAACCGCCUCAUACCCAUUGUGCGCUGGGAAACACCAUGGCUUGCCCUGAUGCAGGACAAGAUGCGCUCGCCCGCACUCGACUCGUACUUUGCCUAUACCGCCAACCUCGGCACCCACACCUUCUUCAUGGUCUUCCUGCCCAUCCAGUUCUGGUGCGGCUACACUAGCAUCGGUCGAGCGUAUGUCGGGCGCUGUCAUUCACUAUCGUGCGACGUCUGACGUACACAGGACUGUCUUCAUGCUUGCAGCCGGUGUGUACUGGACUGGCUUCCUCAAGGACAUGCUCUGUCUGCCCAGGCCCCUGUCGCCGCCCCUCGCCCGCAUCUCCAUGUCUGGCUCCGCUGCCCUCGAGUACGGCUUCCCCUCGUCCCACUCUGCCAAUGCCGUGUCCGUCGCCUUCUACGCCAUAUACACGUUGCGCCAGUCGGCCGACCGCGACAGCUCCAACUGGAACAUGGGUCUGCAAGCCCUCUUCUACUUCUAUGCGCUUUCCAUCAUCGCGGGGCGGUUGUAUUGCGGCAUGCACGGCUUUCUAGAUGUCCUGGUCGGGAGCAUCAUGGGUGCCUUGAUUACGGCUUUCCAGCUUGUAUGUGGGGACUGGAUGGACUCGUUCGUCUUUAGUGGAAGUUAUAUGGACAUUUUCAUUGCAACUUUGGUCGUGUGCGUUCUGGUCCGCGUCCACCCGGAGCCCGCUGACGACUGUCCAUGCUACGACGACAGCGUGUCCUUCUCUGGCGUUGUCAUUGGCAUCAAUCUUGGUGCGUGGCACUAUGCGCAGACUGGCUACGCAGUAAAAGACGCAUACCCGUCGUCCGUCCCAUUCGACCUGGAAGAGAUGGGUCUGCUGAAAGCGACCAUUCGCAUUCUACUUGGUGUUGUGGUUAUCUUUGUCUGGAGAGCGACUAUGAAGCCUGCGUUGUUUACCAUACUGCCGCCCAUCUUUCGCAUUCUGGAGCAAGCUCGCUGGAAUAUGCCCCGCGCCUUCUUCCUGAACGCCUCCAAGUACAAGUCUAUCAAGCCUUUCGCUGACGACGACAACGUCAUCCCACCUGCGUCAGAGUUGCCGCACAUGCUCAAGAACCUCGCUCACCCACGUAAGAGAUCUGUAUCAGUCGGACCGCAAUCUGCCGCCGAUGCUUACGAAACGCUUGCCUACCGAAACCGAAGGCGACGGGAAAGCGUCAAUUCGCUGGAUGGUGCUGUACCUGAAGACUCGGCCUGGAUUCCCAGUCCAGCUGUUCUCGAUACGCCCAAUAUCGAAAAGGGGGAGCCGUUGCUUGGUGCCGGUCUCCUGCCCACACCCAUGGCAUCACGUGUGCAUUCGUAUGAGCAGAUGAUGGGCACAGGAGAAGUGCAGACGAAGGAGAAGAAUAUAAUAACUCCCCCAGAGAGCGAUACAGACGUUGCCGGCGACGUCUACAAGCUCACACAGAGCCCGACUGAAGAGGAGAAUGAGAAGCGAGAGAUCUUCAUGAAGCUUACGACGCCACGAGUGCGCUAUGAUGUUGAGGUGGUCACGAAGCUGAUUGUGUACACUGGUAUUGCAUAUAUAGCUGUUGCAGCUAACCCGAUGUUGUUCGAGUUAUUGGGUCUGGGCAUGGGCGACCAGUCGUAGUUCGCUUGUCACGUUUCCUUGUUGUGCAUUUGUUAACAGUUUGCUGGUCUUGACGGCCCGUCUAAUGAAAUACUGAUGUGAAUCAAAACGACCUUUCUGUCUCGAAACUUGGUUUAAAUUUACGAG